AUGGCGCCUAUGCUGGACUGGGCAGUUGCUAGUACAGAGGUUGAGCUUUUCGUACUAGUGGUUUGUAAUGAAAUGGAUGCAGUUGAUGGAGCAGAUAUUUCUGAAGUAGUAAAAGUGGAGGUUGAUGUAGUUGAGCUUGUGCGGGAUAGUGUGCUUGAACUAGAUGCCUGCGAUGUCGAUGUUGUCUGGGCGGUGGUUGACGAGCUCAAACUGUCGCCGUCGGGACACACACCCGACGUGCAGGGAUCGCUUGAACAACAUCCUGUAUAA